AUGGAAAUUUCAAAGAUUAAUUUGGUUGGUGUUAUGUCUUUUUUGUUCUUUUCGUUUGUUUUCAGUGAUCAUAUCACAAAUUUGGCUGAUCAUGUCCCUAAUUUGGUUUGGUCAAAAAAUUACCUUCCUUCUCAUAUAAACUUGAAUUUUGGUAUGCUACCAAAAGGUCAUAUUCCACCAUCUGGACCUAGCACUGGAUCUUCAUAUUCUCCACCUCCCCCUCCUCACAGAAACUUGAAUUUUGGUAUUUUACCAAAAGGUCAUGUUCCACCAUCUGGACCUAGCACUGGAUCCUCAAAUUCUCCACCACCACCUUCUCACACAAACUUGCAUUUUGGUAUGCUACCAAAAGGCCAUGUUCCACCAUCUGGACCUAGCACUAGAUUCUCAGAUUCUCCACCUCCUCAUAGAAACAUGAAUUUUGGAAGGCUUCCAAAAGGCUAUGUUCCACCAUCUAGACCUAGCAAGGGAUCAUCAUAUUCUUCACCACCACCUCCUCACACAAACUUGAAUUUUGGUGUUUUACUAAAAGGUCAUGUUCUACCAUCUGGACCUAGCACUAGAUUCUCAGAUUCUCCACCACCACCUCCUCAUACAAACUUGCAUUUUGGUAUGUUACCAAAAGGCUAUGUUCCACCAUCUGGACCUAGCACUAGAUUUUCAGAUUCUCCACCUCCUCACACAAACUUGAAUUUUGGUGUUUUACUAAAAGGUCAUGUUCUACCAUCUGGACCUAGCACUAGAUUCUCAGAUUCUCCACCACCACCUCCUCAUACAAACUUGCAUUUUAGUAUGUUACCAAAAGGCUAUGUUCCACCAUCUGGACCUAGCACUAGAUUAUCAGAUUCUCCACCUCCUCGCAGAACAUGA